UCACCCCAACCACCACCUUACUUUAUUCGCCGCCCGCCCCUCCGCGGUUUUUGUACCAUGUCUUCUUCCGUAACGGACCCGAGCGCCGCAUCGAACGCGACUGCGACCACCAAACCGGUGAGCAAGGCGUCGCCCUCGGGUAAAGGCAAAGAGAAGGUCGCACAGGAAGACACGUCGAUGGACGACGAAGACGACGAAGAAGAAGAGGAGUACGAAGAGGUCACCGACGAGGAAGAAGAAGAGGAGGAAGACCUGGGCGCGAUCGACCCGUCCGCCAUCCUCCCCCGCCGGACGCGUGGCGCGCGCGUCGACUACACGUCGGAAGAGGCGCUAGCCAAGGCCGGCAUCGCGAAGGGCGACGACGACGACGAGGCCGAGGACUCCUUCGUCGCCGGCGACGCCGAUAUGAAAGACGACUAAACGUUGCAGAAAACAGUCUUGGGCUUUGGAGAUGUUUCAAACUCGUGGUGCAAUUAUUGGUGCGAGAUCACGACGCGUUCGUCUGGUGGUAUGUUACCGAAGGAUCUUACCCUCGGCUUGCUAUGCGCUUGCUGUGACGGUCCGAAAUUGUUGUCUGUUGUAACCUUCCCUCAUCAUAUCGUUGCGCAAAUGAAGCAUAACGCGAUGUCAUUGAACGACUGUUGUUCCGUUCAAGUGGAUAUGCGGAUCUGGCUUCUGC